AGAGGGUUAAUGCUAUGUAAAUGUACGCAAGUUUGGUUAUGUGUCGGUAGUUGUGCGAGAUUUAAUUUCCGAAACGAAAUUUGACUUUCAUCGGCCUGCAUUUCUCACUUAUUCGGAAAAUACAUGUGUGUUUAUGUAUGUAUAAUAAUCGAGUGAUUUUGUAAUAAUUUGGAAGUUUUGUUUGCGUGUGCGAUGUGGGGAAGAAAAGUUGGGUGAUGUGUUUGUCCUCGUUUGUGUGCAAGGAAGCAAACAUGCUGAAGGUUGCGGACCAGUGUACAGCCUAUAACUCAACAUGUCUGGCAGAGGAAAAGGAGGAAAGGUUAAGGGGAAAUCCAAGACUCGCUCCAGCAGGGCAGGACUUCAGUUCCCAGUGGGGCGCAUCCACAGGCUGCUGCGCAAAGGCAACUACGCAGAGCGUGUCGGGGCAGGCGCCCCGGUCUACUUGGCCGCGGUGAUGGAGUACCUGGCCGCCGAGGUGCUGGAGCUGGCGGGCAAUGCUGCGCGCGACAACAAGAAGACCAGGAUCAUCCCGCGUCACCUUCAGCUGGCCAUUCGCAACGACGAGGAGCUCAAUAAGCUCCUGUCAGGCGUGACCAUUGCCCAGGGUGGCGUUCUGCCCAACAUUCAGGCAGUGCUGCUGCCCAAGAAAACCGAGAAGAAAGCCUAAGCCCCUUGUUUGCUUCUCAGGUUUGAAAAAAAAAAAAAAAAAAAAAAACGGUCCUUAUCAGGACCAAAAAA